AUGGCCGCCAAACACGAGGAGCCCCAAUCCAGAAUGGCCCUUGACGUUGUGAGCGGCUCGUCCACUCUCACGAUCCCCAACUUCUCACAGGCCCCGUCACCGGGAGUGGGCAAGUUCUUGUCCAGCGAGGUGUUUGCCGCUGGCGGGUCCGACUGGGCGAUCCGAUUCUUCCCCGGCGGCAGGAACCCCAUGAACAGUGACUACACAUCGGUGUAUGUCGCGCUGAUGAGUGACGUCUCGCGGGUGGACUGGAGGGCGUUGUUUGUGCUCUUGCUAGAGGACCAAAGCGGGAACAACAAUCACCUGGUCGAAAUUUUCGAGCAAUCCCUUGAGAGCCUCGACUACCCGGCCACGUACGGAAACAUGUGGGGAAACCCUACGUUCGCCAAGAGAGAUCGUCUUGCGGCAUCGUGCUACCUCAAGAACGACACCCUUAUCCUGCACUGCGUCGUUGGAGUCGUGAACACCCGACUUGAGGGGCCCAUAAGCUACAGAGUUGUCGUUCCGCCGUCGGACAUGGGUCAGGAUUUGAAGGCCCUCUUGGAUUCUGGAUUGGGUACCGAUGUAAAUUUUCUAGUUGGCUCCGAAAUUUUUAAAGCCCACAAAGUGAUUCUCGCUGCUCGAUCUUCGAAAUUCGAAGCCCAGUUUUUCGGUGGGCUCGGCGACAGUAACAAGAAGUAUGUCUGGGUGAAGGACGUGGAUCCUCCUAUUUUCAAGGCUAUUCUAGAAUUCAUCUACACCGACGAGUUUCCCGACAUCAGCAUUAGCCAGAUCGAGAGCUCCACCUCCACCAAUGUGCUGAUGCAUUUAAUGGCUGCUGCUGAUUACUACUGUGUCAAUAGAUUGAGAUUACUAUGCGAGUCAAGGUUGAGCGAGAAUAUCACCACCGCUACGGUGGCCGCUAUGGUUGUGUUUGCUGAUCAGCACCAAUUUCACAAGCUAAAGGCAAUAUGCCUAAAAUUUGCUAUGGCAAACUUGGAAGCGGUGAUGGAAUCGGAAGGCUUUAAGAGCCUAAGGGAUAUUUGCCCUUCCGUGAUGUCGGAGUUCUUGGCUCUCGGAGCAGCAUGGUCCGCUUAA